CCAGUUCUGCAACAAGCCGCAUCAGUUGAAAACGAAAUCGCAAGGAAAACGCGCGUAGAAAAAGCGUACGGUAAAGUUCUUACUAAAUACAAAGCACCAAAAAACGAAUUGAAACGUAAUUUUAAAACGCUGAAUUAUUACAUUAAUUGAGCAAGAAUAAAAGCAAAAAUGGCAAACCUACCACUAGUCUUGAGCUUGGCAAACGACUUGAGCCGACUGACACCAUUCCACGAACCAUUUUUCUACUCCCGCUGGCCGGCACUAGCAAACGCGCCUGGUAACCAGUUGCUUCAAUUGAACAAAAAUUUACCUAUUGCUACUGUGGGAAAAGAUGGUUUUCAAGCCAAUCUGGAUGUGCAGCAGUUUAAGCCCAGUGAGCUGACAGUAAAAGUAGUUGACGACCACAUCGUCGUGGAGGGUAAACAUGAGGAGCAAGAAGAUGAACAUGGAUAUAUUUCUCGACAUUUCGUUCGCCGGUAUGCACUGCCUAAAGGCUAUAAAGCCGAUAAAGUGGUUUCAACAUUGUCAUCGGAUGGCGUACUAACAGUCAACGUACCAAAACCCGCCAUAGAGGACAAAUCAAACGAACGAGUGAUUCAAAUUCAACAAGUUGGGCCGGCUCAUUUAAAUGUUAAAGAAAAUCCAGAGUAGAUGCCAAGUAAGCAGCAAAAAAGAGCGU